ACAUUGUACACAUGCAAAAGGAGUGCCAUAUAUAAGGCAAGAAGCUUGCCUUACGUGUAGUGUCUUUUUUGCAGGACUUCUAUUCUUGCAGUGCUUGCGAACUCGGAGCUUUUUCUAGCAAUAACUGGAAACCUUGCCUAGCUAGCGGCAUUCGCUUGAGUCAAUUGGAACCUUGCGCGUUGAGACCUGCUUGGCUUCUAACAUGAGGAUCCUCUCCGCUGUCUUCCUGCUGGCGGUGCUGACCGCAAUCCUGGCUUCGGUGUCUGCUACCGAGGAGCAAAGUGAAAAGGCGCACCACAGGGUCCGACGAGGCUUUGGCUGUCCCUUGAGUGCAUGGAUUUGCAACUGGCACUGCCAGAACAUUGGCCGCAAAGGAGGCUACUGCGGGAACAAAUGGCGGCGAACCUGCUACUGCUUCUGGAAGUGAAACUUGCUCGGUGUGAGCUGCCAAUAAAUAUUACAUGCACGCACAGCGUGA